AUGGCUACAAAACAUGGCCAGUGGCCACACCUUCGGGCAGGGGAGCUGACCCUCCUUGAUUAUGCUGCAGAUGACACCCGCGAUGUGGUGAUGCUCUCGGACAAAGAAGCUCUAGUCCUGCAGCUCGCGGAGCAGAUCCAGGAACAACAAUUAGAAAAAGCAUUGCUGGAACAAGAACUGGAGUCGCUUUCUGGUGACAAUGUGGAAGAGGAGCUCGCGAUCGCUGAACGCGAGUUCUUGGAGGCGCGGGCUACCUACACUGUCAGAAGGAAAGCAGCGCGUACCAUCCUCAUGACUGACCCGAUCUUGAAAGCGGUUCACCUGAAAGCGACCAACCCUGUUGAAAAGGCGCUUUUUCGGUUGGUCAACCGUCGCGACGAGCUAGCUCUGGCGUAUGAAAAUCUGGCUUCCGUCCACAAUGCUGUUCUCAAACAGCUCGCCAACACAAAGAUCGAGAAUUUACAGAUCAACCGGGAGAACCAGGAGCUCGUGAGCCAGCUACUAGAGCUCACCAAGCAGAAUUCUUCCUGGCGCGAAAGGCUUCAGGAUGCAAAGCUCGCGUCGCAACUAGACGAACUCGAAGCUGAACUCCGUACCAGCAAGGCGAAAUGGGAAACAAUGAAGAGCAUCGCUAGUGCCAUGGUAGUCGGCAGUGGACUCAAUUGGGCUGAGGACGAUGAUCUUCAAGCACUUGUUCUGGAUGAGAGCGAUGAUUAA